AUGAAUGCGACGGUGGUGCCACCUGACUCCGGCCGGUGGCUAACAGCCUCUGAAAGGAUUGGUGGAUUCGCUUACGGAAUCGGAGUCUCCAUUGGUAUACUCCUCUUAAUUACCACAAUAACCAUCACUUCUUACUAUUGCACUCGAAGCCAUAUCUCUGCCUCUCCCACGACCACUCCAAGAACAAGACGCCGGCAAAGACAAACCAAUGGAACGUUGCCACCUGGCAGCCAACAUGAUGAUCAAAACGACACCGUGGUGGUGGAAGUCUUGGGGCUAAACGAAGAAGUCAUCAAGAGUUUUCCUAAGCUUCCUUACGAAGAGGCUCGUGUGAGUUAUAGCUUGCAAAGAGAAUCCACUACGACGUCGUGUUGCUCGAUAUGUCUUGCGGAUUACAAGAAGACCGAUAUGAUUAGGGUUUUGCCCGAUUGUAACCAUUUGUUCCACGACAAAUGCGUUGAUCCUUGGCUUAGGCUUCAUCCUACGUGUCCGGUAUGUCGUACGUCUCCGUUACCGUCUCCGGCAAUGACACCUGUCACCGACGUUGUUCCCUUUGCCCUCCAAGGGAUGGAUAUUUGA